CCCAUUUGAUUUUUGUCUUAAUUUCUCCAACUCCCUCUUUUUAAUUUCCUCUUCCAAAUUAAUUGGCCAUAAAUUGAAGUAGAUGAAAAUUAUAUAUUAAAUUUUAAAGUAAAGUUAGGUUCUUUCUUUUGUAUUUUUCUGUGCUCUGAUAUUUAUAGAAAGUAAUGGAGGGAAAAAUUGAGGCAGCAGAAAAGGAGCUAAACAAUAAUAAUGGGCUAAUAAAAUUGCAGCAACAAGGACAAGAGAUCCAAUCAGUUCACUGCGAUGAUGCCACAAUCAAUGAACAAGAGAUGAACAAGAUUUCUGCUGUUAGAGCUGUAGUUGAAAAACAAGAUCCGUCUUCUAAGGAAGUUGAUGAUUUUGCGAUAAGAAGGUUUCUUCGAGCGAGGGAUCUGGAUGUAGACAAAGCUUCAGCAAUGUUGUUGAAAUACCUAAAAUGGAAGAAAAGCUUUGUGCCAAAUGGGUACAUUUCACCUACUGAGAUACCAAAUGAGAUAGCACACAACAAAAUGUUCUUACAAGGUGUGGACAAAUUAGGACGACCCAUUGCUGUCGUUUUUGGUGGCAGACAUAUGCCGAAUAAACAAGGAGGUCUUGAAGAGUUCAAACGAUUCGUUGUCUUGGCUUUAGACAAACUCUGUUCAAGGACUUCACCAGGAAGAGAAAAGUUUGUGGUAAUUGGGGAUCUACAAGGUUUUGGCUAUUCCAACAGCGAUGUUCGCGCAUAUCUUGGGGCUCUAUCCAUUUUACAGGACUGCUACCCUGAAAGACUAGGAAAACUGAUUGUGGUUCAUGUUCCUUACAUAUUCUGGACAAUGUGGAAGCUUGUGUACCCUUUUAUUGAUAACAACACCAAGAAGAAGAUUACAUUCGUGGAAAACAAACGACUCAAAGAAACUCUACUUGAAGACAUUGAUGAAAGCCAGCUACCAGAUAUUUAUGGAGGCAAAAUGCCAUUAGUUCCUAUUCACGAAGCCUAAGCAAGUAGUUAAAGAUCAUUAUUAUUCAGAGCUUGUUUACGCGGUGUUUCAGGUAAUGCUCUCGAUAAGAAGACAACAACAUUUGUACUACGAUUAUACAUUUGUAUACAUUAUGCAUUCGUAAACAUCUAGCCAUUAUAUAGAAGAGAAUUGAAAUUUUCAACUCA